AUAGCAAAAUCAGUCAUCACUGCUUCUAGGGCUUUUACGUUAGCAGAGGGCAAACAAAAUAAAGUACUUUAGGAGGCCACCAGACCAAAGAGCUGGUUCAGACGUCAGCCUCAGUUCUGUACAAAAAAUGACAUCCAAGGUAAUGCUAAAGUCCAAAGGAAAGAACACGAAGAAGGCUGCAGCCGCCGAUGAAGACGACGGAGCUGUGGCGGCACUGUCCAAGUUCGUAAAGGAGUGGGGCACGUGGACGGCGAAGAAGGCCAAAGUUAUUACCCAUUACGGCUUCAUUCCACUUGUCAUCAUCCUCGGCAUGAACUCUGAACCUAAGCCCUCCCUCUCUCAGCUUCUCAGCCCUGUCUGAGAACUCAACAGAAGUAUUAGUCGAUUUGACGCCUAUUAGCACUUCCUUUAGGAUUUUGCUGUUUUUUUAAGAAAAAAAGAAAAAGAUAAAGUGUAAUGGAGAUAUGGCUUUAAUCUGUUUGUUAUUGGCUGCUGAUGUUGGUUAAUGGAAGUGGAAUUUGGUCCUAGUGAAUUAUCUCCUUACUGGAUGAUCUUAAUGUUGAUUAAAUUUCUACUGUUAUGUGUUUAUUUUGGGCAAGCUGAAUUUGUGUGUUUA